GAUAUUCGUGUUGGAUUAGCCAAUGCAUUUGUUCAAUUAUAUAAACUUGAAAACACUGAAUUAGCAUUUAAUCGUACCAUUGAAAAUUAUACACAUGUUCGUCAAUUAGCAAUGCAUGCGUUGAAUUAUACAGAAAACGAAGCCAUCCAAGCAGAAAGUUGUUAUCAUUUAGCUCAAGAUUAUCAUGCUGAAUGGAAUUAUGAAGAAGCAUUUUGUUAUUAUUAUCAAACAACACAUUUAGCACUGAAAAAAUUUGUUUUACCAUUAUUUGAUCUUGAAUAA